GUGUGUUUGUGUACGUGUGUUGUGUGUGUAUCGGUUAGGAACAGUUGCUGAUCGGGGCACAGGUGAAAUCCACCCUCAAUAAACGAUUAAUGCGAAUACCACCGUACAAUCAACCGAAUCACCGUUUUCCAGGACCUUUUCCUUUCUGCAACCAAAUUCAACAGGACCACAAUGCUUUCGAACGAUCGCAAACGUUAAAACUGGCUGCCGGGGUUGCCCUGUGGAACGUGCUUGCAAGAUGCGGCUUCUUGUUUCAAAGGCAUCGAUCGUCAGAAGUGUGCCGUACGCAGCACAAAUUCUUAAAAGCAUGAUGGUCAAUUUUUUGUUACAUCGUUUUAUAUGGCGUGUGUGUCUGUAUUUCCCAGAAAGCAACGGGUUCACGAGUGUUAACGUUUUACUAGAAAUAGUGGAAAGCACGGUUCAAUUAUUUUCCAGAAUUCUGGAGUAUUUUAUUUUUUUCAAAAAUAAAUUUACGACAGAGACCGUUAGUGUGUAAAUUUAUUUUCCCACAAAAUUUGUGUUUUUUUUUCAAUUUUACAUUUAUAACGUACGCAGAAAUUUCCUUUUUUUGUUGCAAGUGUCCUACUUCGUUUCUAACCCCCCGCUGCUCAUUAUUGUACGAGCGAUCUCGCGAAAGCCUGCCGUGCGUGUGUCUAAACGGCGAAAGUGAAACAAACUUUUUAUUCGUGUGUGGAGUACAAAAAUGCACCUUUUUGAAAAAAAAAACUAUUUUUGCUCCAAAAAAGGAUAACAGUUUCGAGUCCCGUGCGUGAUUUUUCAACAAUUUUACAACCGACAGGAUACAUAUAUACAUAUUAUCUAUAUAUAUAUCUAUAUAGAAAUAGCACAGUGGAAACAGUUUACUCAUCCAUCGUUACUAUGCGUUACGCGUGUGCUGCACUGGCAGAGAAGAUAGAAUGAUCACACAAUUAACAAAAACCAACGCAUAAUUAAACGCAAGAUAACACACACAGGUGUGUGAAAGAACGAGCGAGAACGAGCAAGCGAGAGCGAGCGAGUGUGUGUGAGAGAGCGGUGCAUCAAGCAAACAGCCUUCGAUCGAGUAUCAAUCAAAGUCGUCCUCACCCACCCCCGGCGAACACAGAUACAAACGCACUUUUCUUACUCGCUGACUCACACGCGUACAAUAUCUGCUUUCGCGAGAGAGAGAGAAAAAAUAAACGUAACACACGGGUGUGUAGUAACGCACCGAAGGAUCGAACAGCAGGACACUUGCCUAUUUGGACGAUCUUGAUCUGCUGCGUGUGCCAUUCAGUGUACGGUGUGUACUUGUUACUAAGCGAAGUGUGUUGUGUGCGUGUCAUUUUUUUUUUUGGGUGGGGAAUUUGAUGUGGUCCCACAAUCUGGAUCAGCGCCCGAGAAGCGAUCGUAAGAGUUAGAGGAAGGGGUGGGGUGUGUUGGAAAGGAAAACACUAAACCAGCAGCAAGAGGAUACGGCCGGCGGAUGAUUGAAAAUGGUAGCCACCGUCCACAGCAACGUUUGGCCGAGAUCAUCGUGUAAGCAAGUGUUUCCUUCGGGGUAGCAGCAGCACCGGGAAGGGAGUUGUGUAGACACGCGUAACGCAUCGCGUUAAACAGCAUUGGAAGCGUGUUCCCCCCACACACAACCAAACAGCGGUCCACAUCAAACUGUGCAAGUGUGUACGUGGGUGUGUGUGUGUGUGCGUGAUUUUUGUUUUUCUUCCUUUAUUCCGGUGGGAUCAAACAAACAACGGGAGAAAAGAUAGUUUUGAACAAAAAAAAAAAACGGAAGGAGAAAGAGAGAUAGACAGAGAUAGGUGCAAAACAAUUCUAACCGGACACAACCGGGUGUCCCAUGCGCGCGCGCCCCCGCGCGUGUGUGUGUGUGUGUGCGAGUCGGGUUUCGGAAGUAGUCAACGCCGAGCCGCCAGAUUCGGAUGAGCCGAUGAGCCCCCCCUCCCCCGGGUACCGAUCUGGCGGGAUCACUCGUGGCAGCGCAGGGGUUGUACAAUCUGUGGACCAAUAAUACUCCUACUUCUACACACCAGCAUCAAUCGAACAACCACUAGCGGACGUACAUCAAUCACUCAUCUCACUCCCAGCCCCAGCCUACAGUGUUAGUGCAGCAGCAGCAGCAGCCUUCUCAAACAUCUAAACAGGAAAAGGAUAUACCACACACAUACACACACUCCCACCCCCCGCCUAGCAGGCAACGAAGCAGAUCGAUCGACGUCGCGUACCCCAUUCGUUCAGGAAAUCUUCGACAACAUCACGCUCCGAAGACGCAGGAGUUCGCCGAGGAGAAGUUAAACAAAAACAUUCAAGUGUAAGUGCGCGUGUGUGUCCUCUGUGUGUAAUUAUUGGCAUACAACCACAAAAGUGGAUCCAGGCCUUUAUCAUCCAGCAUCCGUGGACCCGGGAGUGUGAUCAGUCGGAUAUUCCAUCUUCAAUCAAAAACCGAAAAUCCUUGGAACGCUCAACAUUUUUUUUUCACUUCAAGGCUGCCUCUUGGUGUUGGUGACCACAAGUUAAAGGACACGGCCAACUGCGUGCGUGUGUGUGCGGCUGUACGUGUACAUGUGCAUCUGUGUGUGUGUGUGUUUACAUCGAUUUCCUUUCUAAAAGGGAAAGGGGGUGGGGGGGGGCUAACACCCUUGUGCGUCUAAGGGAUAUAAGCCCCAGCAACCAUAUCCCGAGUGGCUUACUCCUCUAUAGAAACUGGGACCUCUCUGUGGUGUUGCGACUCCUCCACACUAUACGUCGUUCAACGCACUCACACACACACACACACACCCGAAAAGAGACUCCACAAUCAACCGAAGCAUCCAUCCCCUUCGUCUUAUCCUAUCUGUUUAGAGGAUAGCCAAGAAGUAUACCACGUGUCAUCUGUCAUUUUCAGCUGAAAACGACACAACCGAGGGGUGUGUGUGUGUGCGCGCACGCUCGCCAUUUUGAUCAUUGCCUCCUAAGUGUGCCACCCCGCGGUGGGUGUGCUUGUGUGUUUCAAAGUGUGUGUGUGUGUGUGUUUCACUUCAUCCGGUUCCGGCGCGCCAUUGUUUCCUCGCUCCUGGGGUAGUAGGUAGUAGCGCGGCCAUCCUCAACGCCCAACAUCCUUCAGCUGUGAUCUUCAGCGGCCCACCACAACAUCCCCACACAUACAUACACACACACACGCGCGCGCGCGCGUACAAAAAAGGGAAUACAUACCAACCAUCAUACGGAGUGGUGUGCGGUUGUGUGUGCACUUGCCCCAGUCCUGGUCAGUCCGGUGUGUGUGCCCGCGUGAUUUCGAUCCUAUAUUUCUAAUCGCGUCUUGUGUGGUGCGUGUCCCCGUGUUUGCGUGUGCGUACGUACCGUCGUGCGUGCUUUUUGGGUGUGUGUGUGUGCGCGCGCGAGUUUUUUUUUCUUGGGUUUGUUUGGAGCGCGGAGUGUUGCAAACGUGCGUUUGUUCCUGCGCUCACCGCCCCACGUUCGACUUAUCCAUCCCACCAUACCCGACCGAUCGACCAUCAAGCCGCGCACUCUACUGUACGGGGUCCGGCUUUGCCCACAAUCAACCGAACGUUAUAUAUGGAGUGCUGGACGGGUAACGCCCGCUUGGCGAAAUUUUUCGAUUAAGCAGCGUAAGCUGUCACCGACAUGGGCAGUGAUCAUUACUGCUUAAGGUGGAACAAUCAUCAAUCCAACCUUCUCGGGGUGUUCAGCCAAUUGCUCCAGGACGAGAGUCUGGUGGACGUUACACUCGCUUGCUCAGAGGGCGCCUCCAUCCGAGCCCACAAGGUUGUACUCUCGGCUUGCUCCUCGUACUUCCAAACGCUGUUUCUUGACCAUCCGGCCCGGCACCCGAUCGUCAUACUGAAGGACGUCCGAUUUGCCGAGCUGCGCACGUUGAUUGAAUUCAUGUACAAGGGCGAGGUAAAUGUCGAAUACUGUCAGCUUUCGGCACUGCUAAAAACGGCAAAAUCGCUCAAGGUCAAAGGUUUGACGGAAAUGACAAAUCAGAGCAGUCCGCUGACGGAGCCGAAACUAGAACCCGAGCGACUCAGACCCCACAGCAGCCAUGGUGCCGGAGGAGGAGGUGGAGGAGGUGGAGGAGGUAGCAACAGUAACAGUGGUGGAGGUGGCGCACUGGCCGCAACGGAGGCCAUUCUUCCAACGAACCUCUCGACGACGUUCCCAACGGGGACGCUAGCGAGCAGCGGCGGUAGUUCAUACAUCACCACCACCAUCUCCACGACUAGUGGCGGCGCCUCGACGACCGGUAGCAGCGUAAGCACGAGUGUUGCGGGGUCUGGAACAGGCAGCGAGCCGGAUGGUGGUGAUAGACGGUCCGCGAUAUCGCCAUCCCAUCAACACCACCAUCAGCCGGUAGAGCUACAGCAGCAGCAACAUCACCAACACCCGCAUCACCAUCACUAUCCGCACCACCACCACCACCACCAACAACAGCAACGUAUGAGUUCCUCCGGGUUUGCAAGUGCAGGUGCCACCUCAGUAAGCUCGCAUAGUAGUAGCAGUACUACUGCUACUACUACCACUACUACUACCAACACCACCACAACCACCGGCAGCAGUAGCAGUGGUGUGACGGAUCUGUCCACCACGCUUGGCAAACAUCGAUUCCUAGAGGACAGCACGGACGGUACCUUUGCGGCAGCACGCAUCACUACGAGUCGCCCGAAGCUAUCGCCAACGUCCGAAGCGGUCGCAUCGAUUGCCUGCACGACACCACUUUCACUCACACGGAAGCAUCGCGACACCGUCGGAGCGAUUAUCUCAGCCACCACAGCCUUAUCCUCAUCGGCCACCGUAUCUUCCACGGCGUUGCACAGUGGUACCGGUGGCAAAGCGUCGAGUUCCUCCUUCACCUCGGUUGCGGCACUAGCAGCGGGCACGACGACGGCAUCGACUUCAACGACAACCACUACUGCUACCGUCGCCGCCACCUCGUCCGGUGCCCUUAACACUACGGUCAUUCAACGGCCAACAUCCGGGGAUGGUGAUGAUGGCGGCGCGGGUAUACUACCAUCACAGUUGGCCGCAUCUGCUGUCAGUAGUGAUGACACCAGUACGCCCCUGCACGAUCACGACGAUGACGAUGGACAUCAGGAUCCACAUCCACAGCACGGUGGUCAGGAGGAUGGACGUGACACACCACCGACGGCGAGUGCCACUACCACCACGCUAGUGGGCGACUGUGACGACACUACUACUGCUGCAAAUACUGCUGUACCGGUGUCACGGCACCUGUCAGCAAGUAGUGAUAGUAGUGAAAAAGGCGCCAACCAAAGUGCUCAUCAUCAGUCGGCAGGAACGGCGGCACGGAUAGAAAGUUCAUCACCGUCGGGCGAUACGGACGAGUGUAAUGAGCGGCGACGGUACGAGGGCAACGAACCGGACGAUAUUCACGUGACGACAGCGGCAUGCUCCUCUACCUCGAUCGCAGCCCCUGAACAGCCGGUCCCGCCUAGCAGCAGUAGUACGCCCGGCAUAGCAGUGGCAAAGCAUGAGAGUAGCUUCGCAACGGUUGCCUCACUGAUUGCGGACAGUAGUGCGUGUGGUGGAGUCGCCGGCAGUCCUGCACGGCAACGAAGUAUGUCACACAGCCCGAUCGGUAGCGAACCGGAGGAGGUGCGACGUCCGGUUAGCACUAUCAGCAGUAGUGCUUUGCUACCGAUGGCAACCGAUCUGCGUACGGAUGAGCAUCAUCAUUCGCUACUGCUGCGUGACGUCACGAUGGCGCCAGACUACGAUGAUGACGAUGAGGAUGAGGAGAGUGAUGAUGUGGACGAUGGUGCGGCAGAGAUGCUGCUAACGGCUGCCGCAGUUGCACAUCAUGUUCGUGAGGCUCGUGAGGCUCGUGAGGAAGGGACGGAUAUUGCUGCUAGCGGUGAGAGUGUUAGUCGAAGCCGCCGCGCCUUGACGGGGAACGAAGAGGAUGAGGGUGACGACCAUCGGAUGGCAUCCGCGAGAACCGAAGUCAAUGAUGAUGUGGUCCAGGACGACGUAGAGGAUGAUGAUGAUGAUGACGAUGAGGAUGACGACGAGGAUGACGAUGGUGGUGGUCCGCACGAUUUACACAUCGGCAGUACGGGCAGUACCGGCAGUACUGGGAGCGGCGGUACCAGCAGUCUUCUCGGUCACAGUCGGCACCAUCCUCAUCUGUUGCAUCUUUCCUCGCAUCCGCACCAUCAGCAACAGCUCCUACAGCAACACCAGCAACAACUCGUUGCAGCUGAACUGCUUCGUACCGCCGAACAGCAACAUCAGGCACGGCAACGCCAGCAGCGUCGGCGCCGCUCGUCGGAAGAUGGUGGUACAGCCCGGCAAACCAACAACAGCAAUGUGACGAACAACAACAAUAGCAGCAGCUUCAAUAACAACUCGGACGACGAAUAUCAGCCGCCGAUGAAAAUAAAAAACGAAGUCGACUUUUCGGCGUUCUCCGGUCUCAAUAUGACGAUCAAUGCGGCAAGCGCGAAUGUGAACCUUUCCGCAGCACUGAACUCAUCGUCCACGUCAGGACCGGGUCCAAUAUUGCUCGCCACCGAUCUGCGGCCCGCAUCGCGGGGCGGUGUAUCCGUGUCCGGUGCGGAAGCCCUGAUCGUUAGCAAUGCCUCCACCUCAUCGUCCACUGCACCAAGCGGGAGCAGCAAGAAUGGUGAGCAGCAGCAUCGCGAACGUGGUUCGCCACAGCAUCAUCUGCAACAUCACCAUCAGCGGACGGCAGCCGCUGCUGCGACAGCGGCCGCAUUGGCUGUGUUUAAUGCGAGCGGUCUCUCCAGUCCGCUGUCCGAACCGAUCGCAGGACCUUCCGGCAUCAUGGGACCGGUCCAGCAAGUGCCUCUGUCGCUAAAGAAGGAGAUCGACUGGGGCGAUGACAAGUCGUCGGGCGAAAGUUCACUGGACUUCCGCCAUACGCAUGACUCGGAAGCGUCGGAAGGGCUGCAUGGAAGCGUUGGUGGUAUUGGUGGUGGCGGCGGUGCAGGCGGCGCGAGUGCCGAGAGUGGUGGCGGCGGUACAAAUAGCAGCAGCAGUGGCAUCCUAGGACUCUGUACCACCACUCACGGGAGUGGUGGAGGUGUAAUUGGACUCAGUGGCCGUCGUUCGGCAAGCAGUGGUAGUGGCGGUGGUGGCGGCAAUGGUGGUAGUGGUGGCAGCAGUGGGAAGGAAAGUGGCAGUGGAGCAACCGUUACGGUCGGUGGUGGUGUUGUCGGUAGUGGGAGUGUGUCCGGUGGUGCAGGAAGUGUCGGUAGUGGUGGUGGUGGUGGUGGUGGUGGCGGGGGUGUUCCACCCGGGUUGCUAACGGCGGUGGUAGAUCAUCCGCAUCAGCAUGCACACCACCAUCAUCACCAUCAUCAUCACCAUCAGCAGCAGCAGCCGGGUGGUGGUGGUGGUGGAGGAGCGUCGGCGACCACCGGUCUACCGGUUCACACCUGCAUGUACUGUGGCGUGACGUUUCACAAUCAGAACAAGCUGACCCGCCACAUCCUAUCGCACUCGCUCGAAUCGCUCAAGUUCCGCGAAGCGACGCACCUGAUACAUCCGCAUCUGGCGCUACGGCACGAGCUGACGCAGGUCGCACUGGCUGCCCAGCAGGCCCAGUCCCCGUCACCGUCGCAACUACCGUCGCCACACUACGGUCACCAUCGUGGUAGCGGCGGUCCGCCCACGCUCGAGCAGAUGCUCGAUCCGGCGGAAGCGAUGGCGGAACUGGAGCUGGCGGCCGUGCUAGCCUCCCAGCCGGUCGGUGGGCUCGGGCUCGGGCCAGUUGUUGGUGGUGGCAAUUCACUCACUGGCGGCGUUGGCACCGACCAGGGCAACAAUGUGGUGCUGUGUAAGUUUUGUGGCAAAAGUUUCCCGGACGUCACGUCGCUCAUCACGCAUCUGCCGGUACACACUGGCGACCGGCCGUUCAAAUGCGAGUACUGCGGCAAAGCGUUUAAGCUACGGCAUCACAUGAAGGACCACUGUCGAGUACACACAGGUGAACGUCCGUUUCGGUGUGGCAUGUGCGGGAAGACGUUCUCGCGCUCGACAAUACUGAAGGCGCACGAAAAAACGCACUAUCCAAAGUACGCGCGAAAGUUCCUGACGUCCCCGCCGCCGAUCGACGGGAAAGACGAUUCUCCCCAAUAGUGCGACGAU